AUGAAGGUUGUUCACCUCCUCGUAGUGAUGUUGGCUUUGGCAUCCUCCGUUGCCUUUGCUUAUGAUCCAAGUCCUCUGCAAGACUUUUGUGUGGCUAUCAAUGAUACCAAAACUGGUGGUAUAUAUGGCGUGUUCGUGAAUGGAAAAUUUUGCAAGGAUCCAAAGCUUGCUAAUGCUGACGAUUUCUUCUUUCGUGGAUUGGGACCUGGUGACACUGGGAACCCACUAGGCUCAAAGGUGACACCAGUGGCUGUAAAUGAAAUAUUAGGUCUGAACACGCUUGGCAUAUCGUUGGCUCGCAUAGAUUUUGCACCCAAGGGUUUGAACCCUCCCCACACUCACCCUCGAGGAACAGAGAUUCUUGUGGUCUUGGAAGGUACCCUCUACGUUGGGUUUGUGGCGUCCAACCAAAACGACAACCGUUUAUUCACCAAAGUGUUGAACAAAGGUGAUGUGUUUGUGUUCCCCAUUGGUCUCAUUCACUUCCAGCAAAACGUAGGAUAUGGAAAUGCUGUGGCCAUUGCUGCUCUUAGUAGCCAAAACCCGGGUGUUAUCACGAUUGCAAAUGCUGUGUUUGGAUCUAAACCUCCUAUCUCUGAUGAAGUUCUGGCUAAAGCUUUUCAAGUUGACAAAAACAUUAUCGACUACCUUCAGAAGCAAUUCUGGUACAACAAUAGCUAG